GGACCUCUCCCCCCCCCCUCCCGUUUCUUUCCCACCCUCUCCUGAAAUAAGCCUGGAAACUUGCGGGUGCCCCGCCGCGUUUCUCUUUGUUGAAACUUUUUCCCAGGGCAUCCCGCCCGGGGCUCGGGACGGGGGAAGGGGAUCCGGAAGGGAGGAGCUGGGCGCCCCCCUCCCGGCCUCGGUGCGCCCCUCCCGCGGCCUCGGCGGCCUCCCCUUUCCCCCUGGUGACCCCGCUUUCUUCCCGGUGCCCGGGACGCGCCCCGCAGGUGGCGAUGGCGCCGCGGCCCGGCACGCACUGCUGUAGGCCCGGCUCCCGCCCGGCCGCCGCCGUCCUCCUGUGGCUCUUCCUGAGCACCUGCUGUACAGUUCCAGCCAGCGCCGUCCAAGUGACUGUGUCGGACCCGUACCAUGUGGUCAUCCUCUUCCAGCCGGUGACGCUGCCCUGCAGCUACCAGAUGGCCGCGUCUCUCACGGCGCCCAUUGUGAUCUGGAAAUAUAAGUCGUUUUGCCGAGACCGCAUCGCCGAUGCCUUCUCCCCGGCCAGCUCAGACAACCAGCUCAACGCGCAGAUCGCGGCCGGGAACCCCGGCUAUAACCCGUAUGUGGAGUGCCAGGACAGCGUGCGCACCGUCCGGGUAGUAGCCACCAAGCAGGGCAACGCGGUGACCCUGGGGGAUUACUACCAGGGCCGCAGGAUCACCAUCACCGGAAAUGCUGACCUCACCUUUGAGCAGACGGCCUGGGGGGACAGCGGGGUAUAUUACUGUUCGGUGGUCUCAGCCCAGGACCUGGGUGGAAACAAUGAGGCCUACGCUGAGCUGAUUGUUCUUGGGAGGACCUCAGGGGUGGUGACUGAGCUCUUACCUGAUUUUCGGGCGGGGCCCAUGGAAGAUUGGCUGUUUGUGGUCGUGGUAUGUCUGGCCGCCUUCCUCGUCUUCCUCCUCCUAGCCAUCUGUUGGUGUCAGUGCUGCCCGCAUACCUGCUGCUGCUACGUCAGAUGCCCCUGUUGCCCGGACAAGUGCUGCUGCCCCGAGGCCUUAUACGCCGCCGGCAAAGCAGCCACGUCAGGGGUCCCCAGCAUCUACGCCCCCAGCAUCUACACCCACCUCUCCCCGGCCAAGACCCCGCCCCCACCACCUGCCCUCAUUCCCAUGGGCCCCGUCUACAAUGGCUACCCUGGAGAAUUUGACCGGAACAGCUCAGUUGGCCAUGGCUCCCACGUACCAUUGCUUCGAGACACAGACAGCAGUGUGAACUCCGAAGUCCGUAGUGGCUACAGGAUCCAGGCUAACCAGCAAGAUGACUCCAUGCGCGUCCUGUACUACAUGGAGAAAGAGCUGGCCAACUUUGACCCCUCUCGACCUGGACCGCCCAAUGGCCGUGUAGAGAGGGCCAUGAGUGAAGUCACUUCCCUUCAUGAAGACGACUGGAGAGCCCGGCCUUCCAGGGGUCCUGCCCUCACCCCGAUCCGGGAUGAGGAGUGGGGUCGCCACUCCCCCCGGAGUCCCAGGAGAUGGGAGCAAGACACUGUCCCUGAGCGCCCAGGGACAGGGGGCCGGGGGGCUGGACGGCCUCGGGCUCGGUCUGUGGAUGCCUUGGAUGACUACACCAGACCCAGCUCUGCUGAAUCAGGGAGAAGGUCUCCCCCAAACAGUGGGAGGAGAGGCCGGGCCUAUGCCCCCCCCAGGAGCCGCAGCCGUGAUGACCUCUACGACCCAGAUGACCCAAGGGACUUUCCACCCUCGAGGGAUCCUCACUACGACAAUGCCAGGUCCAGAGACCGUCCUCAAACUGACCUCAGGUCCCGCCAUCCCCGACCCCGAGAGGAUGGCUCCAGGCCCAGUGAUCCCCAGUAUGAUGGACGGCUAAUAGAAGAGGCCUUGAGAAAAAAGGGGCCAGGGGAGAAGAGAAGGCCUUACAGGGAGGAGGAGGAGGAGGAGGAGGAAGGCUACUACCCUCCCGCUCCUCCUCCAUACUCUGAGACAGAUUCUCAGGCUUCCAGGGAGCGCAGGCUUAAGAAGAAUCUGGCCCUGAGUCGGGAAAGUUUAGUCGUCUAAUUUUUUGUUUGUUUUUUUUUUGGUGCCGGUUCUGGGACUGAACUCAGAGCCUGGGUGCUGUUUCU